AUGGAUCAAGAUUAUGUGGACUACAAUCCUGUGUAUCCGCUCUAUGUGAAGCAGUUCACCAGAGGUUUCUCAGUGCACCGAAUGGCAGAUGAUGCUAGGAUUGCCACUAUAAUAGUGAGGGAUAUGUCUCAGGUUGCAGGCUAUCAAUGGGAUCCAAUUACAGGUAAAUUCUUAAGCAUUUUUUACAAGGAUGGAACUGUAAGAAUUUACGACGGUUUCAGAUCCGGUAGGUUAGUUUCGCUGUUGAGAGCUAGUAGUAAUGGUGCUGUUUCUGGAAUUUGGGAUAGAAUUGAGCUACUACAUUCUGAAGAAAAUAUUAAAGAUUGGUCUAUUGAUCAUGACGUGACUGAAAUGAUGCCUAAGAUGGUCAAGUUUGCUAGAGAUUCACGCCAACUCUGUGUGGUUCCCUACACAUUACCGAGUGAUGUUUGGCGGCCACAAGCCGCCGAUGACACAAAUGCCCUGCUUGAUGCACACGUAAUAAGAUGCCACGACAGCCUCUCAGUAAUGUUUGAUGGAGAAUUCACCAUAUCAAUUCAAUUAGCAGCGAUACCGAGUCCCUUGGUCAAAUUUGUUUCGGCUCAACACCAGUAUUUGGCAUUCUAUCAGGACGGUAGUGUGGAAAGAUUUGAUUUGGCAAAUUUAGUCAAGGAUCCAUUCUCUUUAAGACUAUUGAAAAACGUAAUAACUAUGAGACAACUACAUCGAUACUUGCAAGAUCACAUCGAAUUAAUUCAAAGAGAUCUGCUUCAACCGUACGACGAAUUUUUAGAGAGAUGUUGUCAGGGCGCCUUCGGUGGAUACGAUCUCUUAAGGGAACAAUUAAUAGACUUGAUGCUAGUGGGGGAUGUAACACCAGAAUUGGAAGAUUGGUUAGUCAAUUCCAUGGGCGAGAAGAAUCUUAAGCGCUGGCGCAAAUUGGGCACAGACGCAUACCACAAAACUUUGCAGGUACUUACACUGGCAUGCCUACCAGCAUGUGAACGACUCAUAUCACUAGGUCAGAGAUGUACUGGUAAUUUACUGUCACGUCAGUUAACAUUACAAUUGCCACUGCUACCACCAAUAGAUUGUCUACAAUUUUUUUUGAAAAACGUUCUCGAAGCUAUUGCAAGUCUAAGUUCACAACAGAGAUUAUUGGGUUCAUUUUUAGAUUGGUUUGACGACAGGGUCCGUGAAUCGAUUGACGAAGAUUACAAACUGCGUUUCAACCUUCAUGAUAACAGCAGUUUAGGCCCUGAUACGGCUUCGUAUUUGCAGCUACGCCUAAGGAAUUCAAGUCCGGAAUUCUCAAGUGUCUCAGAUCUAACCCACAGUUUAGCUAGCACGACGGAUUGCGUAUCAUCACUGGACUCGAUCCUUAUCGAUGCUCUCACCAGUAAAAUUAAUAUCAGCCACGAGGCCCACAAUAAGAUGAACGAUAUCUUCUGUGACUUGAUGGAUCUAACCGUUAUCAAGACUAAUAAUCCUACUGGCACUGCCACCGGUUUAGAAAAUGGGUUGAUUCUACUAGCUACUAAAUCGCAGGUAAUACUAUUGGAUCCACAAUCAUUGAUGAUACUGGCACAAUUGCCACUGCAGAUACCACUGACGUAUCUAGAAAAAGAACGAGAAUUCGUUUCUUCCACCACGACUAUGGCUACGAGUACGACUACUACACAAGAUAUGAUUACUCGUGCCUAUUGGCAACACACCACGCUGCAAUUAGAGCUACAGGGAUCACAGCAGGGUCCGAUUAAGACUGCCAUAGACUAUCAAGUCACGCCUAAUGGUGAUCAGUGGAGCUUAGCCGUGCUAUAG